UGCAUUAGAGAUGAUGAAGUUAGAGAAAUCAAAGUCCAGCAAGGAAGACGAUGAUGCUUUGAACAAAUAUCGUAGAGAUCGUGAUCGCGGUACGGAGCGGAAGAAGGAGAACAACAUUUCGGAGAAGAGACGGUCUGAGAGAGUUAGGAGAAGUGAUUCAGAUGAGAGGAUACGGAGUCGGAGUCGGAGACGGAGAGAGAGGAGGAUUAGCGAUUCUGAAGAAGAAGAAGAAGAAGAAGAAGAGGAGAGGGAUAAGAAACGCAUAGUGAAGGACAAGGAAAGAGGACACCGUGAACGUGAGAGAGAUAAGGGCAAAGAUCGGAAAAGGGACAGAGAGAGGAGAGACAGGGAGGGUAGGAAGAAACAUGAAAAGGAGAGGUCACGAGAGGGUUGUAAUGAAGAUAGAGAUGAUGUGAUGUCAAGCUUGACAUGAAAAGCUCAAGAACUAGCAGGCAUGGUGAUGAAAAUGGUGAGAUCAAAACCCGGAAAGAAGAAGAAGAAAAAGAUGUAGAGGAUGAGCAGAAG